AUGGAGGGGUUGACAGAUGGAGGGAAAGCUGGACGGACGGAUGCUCUGGCGAGGAGCCGUCCUGAACUCCGCUCCUGUCGCUUCUGUUUUCCAGGCCGUCCCCAACUGCUCCUGCCCCUGUGUGCCUCUGUGUCUUUGCUGGGUGGCCUGACCUUCGGCUACGAGCUGGCAGUCAUAUCGGGUGCCCUGUUGCCAUUGCAGCUGGACUUCGGGCUGUCCUGCUCGGAGCAGGAGCUCCUGGUGGGCAGCCUGCUCCUGGGGGCUCUCCUCGCCUCCCUGGUGGGCGGUGUCCUCAUCGACCAGUAUGGCAGGAAACGAGCCAUCCUUGGGAGCAACUUGGUGCUCUUGGCGGGCAGCCUGAGCCUAGGCCUGGCCGGCUCCCUGGCCUGGCUGGUCCUGGGGCGCUUGGCCGCUGGAUUUGCCAUCUCUCUCUCCUCCAUGGCCUGCUGUAUUUAUGUGUCAGAGCUGGUGGGGCCGCGGCAGCGGGGCGUGCUGGUGUCCCUCUACGAGGCAGGCGUCACCGCGGGCAUCCUGCUCUCCUAUGCACUCAACUACGCCCUGGCUGGUGCCCCCUGGGGAUGGAGGCAUAUGUUCAGCUGGGCCGCUGCACCUGCCCUCCUACAGUCGCUCAGCCUCCUUUAUCUCCCUGCUGGCACCGCCGAGACCGCAGCGCCCAAGGACCUCGUUCCUCUCCAGGGAGGUGGGACCUCCAAGCCGGGCCCGGCGAGGCCAAGAUCCUCCCUCCUGGACCUCUUCAGGGCGCGGGAGAACAUGCGAGGCCGGACCGCCGUGGGCUUGGGGCUGGUGAUUUUCCAGCAGCUGACGGGGCAGCCCAAUGUGCUGUCCUACGCCUCCACCAUCUUCCAGGCGGUGGGCUUCCGGGGAGGCUCCUCCGCGGUGCUGGCCUCUGUGGGACUCGGGGCCGUGAAGGUGCUGGCGACCCUGACUGCCAUGGGGCUGGUGGACCGAGCGGGCCGCAGGGCCCUGUUACUGGCCGGCUGUGCCCUCAUGGCCCUGUCGGUCAGCGGCAUAGGCCUUGUCAGCUUUGCCGUGCCCAUGGCCUCCGGCCCAAGCUGCCUGGCCGUGCCCAAUGCCACCAGGCUGUCAGGCCUCCCUGGGGACUCCGGCCUGCCGAGGGCCAUGGCUCCCCCUCCACCGCCGACAACCAGUGAGAACCAAGGGAGGCCGGCCUCGUCGACCUCUGAGACGAUCCAGCCUCCUCCCGGAGCUGGGGACCCCACGGCCCCGGCCCUGCCGGCCUUAAGCCCCGCCUCCCCGGCACCCCCUCCUGCCCCAGAGCGCGUCCUGCUGCACUGGGCCGCGCUGGUCUGUUUGAUGGUCUUUGUGAGCGCCUUCUCCUUUGGAUUUGGACCAGUGACCUGGCUCGUCCUCAGCGAGAUCUACCCCGCGGAGAUCCGGGGCAGAGCCUUCGCCUUCUGUAACAGCUUCAACUGGGCCAGCAACCUCCUCGUCAGCCUCUCCUUCCUCGACCUCAUCGGCACUAUCGGCUUGUCCUGGACCUUCCUGCUCUACGGGCUGACCGCUGUCCUCGGCCUGGGCUUCAUCUAUGUAUUUGUCCCCGAAACCAAAGGCCAGUCACUGGCAGAGAUAGACCAGCUGUUCCAGAGGAGACGGUUCGCCCUGAGCUUUGGCCCCCGGCAGAGCUCUGCUGGCAUCCCAUACACCCGCAUCGAGGUCGCUGCCGCCUCCUGAGGAAUCCGUCUGCCUGGGAAGGUGCUGGAACCAUGGCUUUAGCAGACAGUCUCCAGCUUCCUGGCCCCUGGAGCACGGUUCUAGGUGGUCCUGUAAGAGUCACCCAUGCUUUAGAAGAGGUCUGUUUGGCCCCGGGUGAAAGAGGAGAAAAUUUGAGAACCUAGAAGUCUUCGUUUUGAAUCUCAGGCUCUGAGGGCCCCUGACGAUGUGCCUUCUUGCCUCGGUUUCCCCAUUGUCUCUGCACGUCCCUGCAGGACCUAUAUUGACAACAUCUCAUGGAGUCUCCUUUGCUCCUUGGGCUUUCUCAGAGAACCUCUAAGGAACCGGUCCUGGAAGGAAGUCUCUUUUGGCAUCACCCCCAAAUCCAGAUGAGGAUACACUAUACUCUCAGCUCUCUUUUUCCAUCCGGCUGGGACUUUUCGGUGAGAGGGGAGCCAGCUCAGGUCACGAUCUGUGUGACCCCACAGUCACCAGCAGCUCAGACUGGGUGAGAGGCUGCUUGAGUUCUAGUCCCGCUUCCCUGGUGUCAUCGCGACAUGACCGUGGGCCUCAGUUUCCCCGAUAUGUACCAUGGGGGACCGGGACCAAGGAGUUCUUUAAGAUCACAUCCGAUGCCAAUGAGCUGGAAUUCUAAAUGCUGCUAAUUCAACACAGGUUCAGCGUGAGCCCUGCUCUCAAGCUGCCGGCCAUCUCUUUAGGGGAUGUGAGUUUUAAUUAGGGGAAUGGUAAAUAGAAUUCCAGAAUCGUAUGCACUAGAAUCCAAGAGCUGACAUGGUGUGUGAAGCAAGCCCUGGGAGCUGUUUCCAGGAUGGUGCAGGACAGCCCUGCGGAAAGGAGAUGGGUUUGCAGGCUGACAAGCCUGGAUGCUGGUGUUGCCUCUGUCGCCUUGGGUAACGACUCCCUCUAGCCUCAGUUUCCACAUCUACAGAAUGGGGAUGAUUGGGCCCCCGGGGGUGUAUUUAACCCCUGUCUGACUGCAGGAGGGUCUUCAGCUGGUCCCAUCCAGCUAGUCAGGGCCUGGGGGGGGGGGUUUCUGGUCACCCUCAGUUACCGAGGCCCCCACCUUUGAGACACUGUUAAGGGUCAGCCCCUGAGGGGUGAGUCAGAGAUUAAGCAAGGAACUCAGGCCAGAGGUCACCAGAGGAAGGGCCUGGCAAGAGUGAGUUCCGGGGCGCCUGGGUGACUCAGUCGGUUAGGCGUC